ACCUGAACUGCUUUGGAGCAAGUUAACAGCCACUCUUUCUCGGAGUAAGAGUAUUCUCAGAGCAACAUACCCGAAUGUGCUAUAAGAGGUUUUGUUAUAGUUUUGGAAUAAGUUAUAUUAAUGUUUUAAAAUUGAUGAAAUAAUUAUGUUUAAUAAUAAAAAUAGUUCAUUAUAUAUAAUUAAUACAAUUAAUUUAAUUGCAUCGACGAAUUUUAAAAAUAUCGGCUCAAAAGAAGAUUUUUAUGCAGUCAAUUGUCGUGUUUUUAAUUCGGCUUGUAAUUCACAUGUUAAAACUAUAAAAGAACACAAGAAGAUACUGGAAAAGGGAGAAAUAAGGAAUAUCACCAAUCAUCCACUUUUUAGAAAAAGAGGGAUUUGGUGAAGCACGACUCAUAUUUACAAGGCGUCUCAAAAAGUGUAAAAGCUGUGGCGAAAGCAAAAUUAUGAUGCGUUUGAGUUGGAUUGGAUCCGGAGGAAAUGUAUCGACUCGCUUCCAAGGACCUGAUAAUCUUAACAAGUUUUUUCUUGAACGAAGCGAUCGCCACGUUUUAUCGCUGUCAAAAAUACGUGCAUCCAUUUAUUUUCAGCCUGUCAAAAAUUAUCAGAAUUGACAUAUUGGUUUACUUUUUAAAAAUAAAUUUAAAAAACAUUUCUUGAAAUAGUCAUUUCAGUUUAUUUUAAAGGUUUGAGCUAAUUUAGCAAUUAAGAUUUUAGAUUCAGAAUUAGGAGGAAGAAUCGCAUAGAAUUAUACUUGUCUAGUGCAAUCUGACAAUUCUGAGUUCAGAUUCAGAUUCAACAGAAAAAAUACAUGGAAAUAGACUAGUUUAGUAACACUUUUUUUCAUUUUUGAUUUUAAUUCAUGCUUUUUCAGCAUUAUUUAAAGUAUAUCUUAAAAAUAAGAGCCAAUCUGGCAAUUCUGUCUUUGGAUUCGGAUUCAGUGUGGUAAAAUACAUGGGAAUAUACUAGUGUAUUGUCUUGGCCAAAACAAAAAUUUUUUUUGUGUGCCUGUGUUAUUUAUCCAAGUAAACAGGAAGCCAAAUUAAGAGGUCUAUCUACUUAAGACGCGCCAAAAAAGGAUAUUUUCAUAAAUUAUUUUUUAAGAUUUAAAUUAUGAAUAUUUACAUAAUAAAAAAUGAGCGUCCUUUUUCGAAUCCGUUGUCAAAAAUAAUUUUUA